ACCUCACUGACACAGGUCAUGUAGCUGUCUGACGUACUGUACAGUCACAUGGAGCACUUCAUUAUCCACGACUGAAUCAUCCUCAAAUAUGGAGGAGAGCAUUGAUGUCAAGGCUCUGAGAGCACGCUUCAACAACAAAGCCAGUGCCUCAGACACCAGCAGCAGCAGAGACAGCAGCUCCCCAAAAUCUCCACGGCCUGGAUUUGGGAAAGCGAUCAUCCCAGUGACAGAGAGCGACAUGGCUCAUCACAGACUGUCUCCCAGUUUUCCUCCUCCUUUUACUGGCCCAGGACUGAGCAGGUUUCCAGAGCCACUGACCUCCUCCGUCCCCUCCAGACCUCCUUUCUUCCCUCAGCCACCUCCUUAUCCUGGAAUCAGAGCAUCCGUCCAACUGACAGACAGCAACAAGGUCAAGCAGACAGGCGAGAUGCUGCAGAACAUCGUGCUGAGGAACCAGAGGCCCUCUGGCACCAAACUGGCUCAGAUCCCGGCUCAGGCUCCUGCACUUACUCCCACCUUCACCUCUCUACCCCGUCAAAAGCAGCACAGACAGAGGAGCACAGGCGAGGUCACUCCGCUCAGGAGGCCUCUACCUCCUGAAGUACGUCUGCCUUUGAAGCCUAAACGGCCUCCAAAUGUUAACCUGGAGCCUUUUAGAAGGAUCAACCGAGGACCUGCUCUCCCCUCUUUGAGGAAAGUCGACAAUUCCCCGACUUCAUCAGGAAGAAAAAUGUCACUACCGACAGUUGUAAGUCCUCCAAUACUACCACAACGAUCCAACAAACCGAGCCAGCUGCCGCGCCAGGUCGCUUCUGUAGACAUCGCCGAUAACCAGGAAACCUAUGACGACAUUGGAAGUUUUGAGAGAAAUGAGUCAUGUAGUGACACCGAUUUACAGUGCGUGAACGAGGACGACGACGUGUACCAGUUUAUUGACGAGGACCAGGUGGAGGUGAACCAGGUAGAUGUAAAUGUUGAGAAGAUGAACAAGAAAGAAUUGAUAAAGCAUCGUGAGCAGAACAAGAAAGAGAAGCUAGAGCAACAGAAAAAAGAGAAACUGUUGAAGAAGAACUUUCUGUUGCAAGGGGACGUUGAGGUUCUUCAUACAGCAAAGGUCCGACACGACUGGCAGGGAGGAGGAAAACUAGACCUCAGUGUGCAACAAGGAGAGAGUGUGGACAUCAUUCGAGUGAAGAACAACCCGGGAGGAAAAUGGUUGGCUCGUUCUCUACAUGGAGACUAUGGAUAUAUCAGCAACACGUGUGUGGACAUUGACUACGAAGAAGUGAAGCGCAAACUGCUGCAGUCCAAAAAAAUAGAUACGUCACCGUUACCUCCACCUCCUCCUGACCCUCCACAGAUGUUUAAUAUGGAUUCAAACUAUAGAGACAGCAUGAUUCAAGAAGACGAUGACUAUGACGAUGUUCAAAUAGUGGAGGAUUUUCCCCCACCACCACCUAACAUCAGCAUAGAUCCCAAGAUGGAGAAGGAGCUAAGAAAAAAAUUUAAGUAUGAAGGGCCGUUCAAAGUGCUGCACACCAUGAUGGUGGAUCCUAACGGCAUCAUCAAGAAGCUAGGAAGUAAAGAUUUGCUUGUGUCUCCGGGAGAAGUCCUUGACAUCAUCCAGUUCGCCAACAGCAAGAAAGCUCUGUGCUGCAACAGGUUUGGAAAAUAUGGAUAUGUGGCCAGAUCCCUUCUUCUCCCAAUGGAAGGAGACGUAUACGAUGAUGUUGACUACCCGAGCGAUGUCUAUGACAACGAUUCUCCGCACACUGACUUUUAACCAUUCAAACUGAAAACACACACACACACACACACACACAGGUUUCUGUCCAUCAAACUGCUUGUAUAGAGAAUAAACACACUAUUACUUACUCUCUAUGUAUUUGUAUUGCUUGACC